CCGGCCGGGCAGGGCUAGGGCCAUGGUCGGGAUGGCCGCGCUGCGCUCCUGCGACACAUUCGUGGCGCUGCCGCCCGCCACUGCCGGCGCCCGUCUCAUCUUCGGCAAGAACUCGGACCGCGCGGCCGGCGAGGUGCAGGAGGUGCUGCACUGCCCCGCCGCCCACCACGCGCCGCCCGCCCGCCCGCCUCCAGUGCACCUACAUCGAGAUCGAGCAGGCGCCCCUCACGCACGCUGUGGUCCUGAGCCGUCCGGCCUGGCUGUGGGGGGCUGAAAUGGGAGCCAACGAGCAUGGGGUCUGCAUCGGGAACGAAGCCGUGUGGGGAAGAGAAGAAAUCCAGGACCAAGAAGCUCUCCUGGGCAUGGACCUCGUCAGACUUGGACUUGAAAGAGCUGAUACAGCUGAAAAGGCCCUUACUGUCAUUGCUGACUUGCUAGAAAAAUAUGGACAGGGUGGAAACUGUAUGGAGAGUCAAAUGGUAUUUACCUACCAUAAUAGCUUUUUGAUAGCUGACAGAAAGGAGGCUUGGGUAUUGGAGACUUCUGGAAAAUACUGGGCGGCAGAAAAAAUAGAAGAGGGUGUGCGGAAUAUUUCUAAUCAAUUCUCCAUAACCACCAAGAUCGAUCGGGAACACCCAGAAAUGAGAGCAUAUGCGAAGAGCAAAGGCUGGUGGGAUGGUGAAAAAGAAUUUGAUUUUGCUGCUGUGUAUUCCUACGUAAAUACAGCCACAAUGACUACGUCAAGGGGCAGAUACUGUGAAGGUUACAAGCUACUGAAUAAACACAAAGGCAAUAUAACUGCUGAAACAAUGAUGGAGAUUCUUCGAGAUAAAGAGAGUGGCAUUAAUAUGGAAGGAGGAUUUAUGACCACUGGAAGUAUGGUCUCCAUUUUACCUCAGGACUCUAGUCUACCUUGUAUUCAUUUCUUCACAGGAACCCCAGACCCUGACAGGUCUGUAUUUAAGCCUUUUAUUUUUGUGCCAAAUAUUACUCAGUUACUAAAAACCAACUCACCAACAUUUGGUGAGGAUGACCCAGUUAAAAAGAAACCACGUUUUCUGACUCAACCAGAUCGAAGACACGAACUCUAUAAAAAACAUGAACAUGCAGCUGAAGUAAUGGAAGCCUGCAAGGAGAAAGGAAAAGAGAUUCUGGAACGGAUAAGGAAGCUGGAGAAACAGAAAAUAAGUGAGAUGGAAUUGAUCCUGCAGAACAAAUACUUUGAUGUUAACCAAGCCGUGCACCUUUUUUCAGAGUGUGUAGAAGAAGAAAUCAGUGCAUAUGCCUAAGGGUACAACUCAAAUGCAGCGAAAUUCAAUCAGCAAUCAGCCUUUGUAGGCUCUGUGGAUUAAAUCUUACUUUUCAAAAGCCAGUUCCUAUUAAGAGUUAUGUAUUUUGCACACAUUGUAAAGGAGCUUUAGGUUUGAAGGAACAGACUAAAAAGUCUUUCAAAAGUAGGGAAUAGGUUUGCAUGUAAAUGACACAUGGUUGUAGGUUGACAGCUGAGGGAGCACUAAAUGGAGACAACUAACUUUACUACUAGAACUAUUAAGAUGGAGAUCUUCAUUCUGUAUACAGUUCUAAUUUGGACAACGUUUUCUGCGCAUGCAGAUUUUUUUAAGACGACUCAGUACUCAUGUGGACCUUAGGAACAGGAUUUCAUUGCCUCUCUAUUAAAACAGCUAAGUCUGAGGACUCCUUCUAAUGCACACAUUACCAAUAUGUAUCAGUUUCCUUUUGAGAUUUUGCAUAACACAAGUGAAUCAUUUAACCUAAUUAAACUUUCAAUUGUGCAAUUACCACUCUACACCAAAAUAUCUUAGCUAUCAUUAAGUUUAUAUAGCUAGUGUAUAUCUGAAUGGACUAAAGAUAAAUCCUCCUCUAAUAGGACAUAUGGGUAACAGUCAUGUUGCCAGUUUUGCGAUUAUAAAUAACAAAUGCAUCUUUUAACAAAAAAUGCAAAGAGUAUCCCUUAGGUAAGUUGUUUUAACCCAUCUCUACAAUAAGGUGUUUUGAAAUUUGAUAGAUAAUAUAUUUAGUAAGUGGCUGGUAUUCUAGGGGUACAAAAUAUCCUGCCAGUUAUAAUAAAACAUUAAUGUUGGCAUUUCCCCUAUGUUUUGAUUUGCUAGCCCUCGCAUUGAAAAAUAAAUUAUCUUCGAUUUCAUGUACUGUUUUCAGAGUUGUGUGCUUCAAUUAAUUCUGCUAAUGCACUUUAGAAUACAACUCUGGAUUGUUUUGUAAAGAGUAAUGAAUUUUUACACGUUUAAACACACAAGUACAAUGAAAACUAGUGCCAGGUAUUUAAAGGUAGAAAGCAAUACCAUGGCAGUUUAAAAAUGAACUUUCUAAACUUUUCCACUUUACAUUAAGUGUCACAGUUUUAAUCUAUAAUUUAUCUUGCCAAAGUUACCAGUCUAAUUAUGCCUUGCUCCUUCUCCACUCUUUCUCUUUGAUCCUUUUGUAAGGUAAUGAUGAAUUUAGGAUAUGAUCUAAAUAUCUGUGGUAAACAAGAAUCUGAAGAACAGAGUAUAUAAAAAUAAUUUGAGAUGUUAUUGACUGUAAAUGAGUAUCACAGAAUGCAGAAGAGAUACCUUUUGUACAAAAAGUGGUUUGAUGAUCUUUAAAAACUUUUUUUUAAACAAACUCAAAUUUUUCCCUAGGGAAAAACCUUAUAGUUAAUCAGAGAUAGACAGAAGCCAAGUGAUAUUUGGGUUGGGAAGCUUCAUACAAGUUAACAUUGUAUUGAGACAUAUUGACAUCUGAUUAUUUUGUGUAUUUUUUGUGUAGUGAAAAUGUGAAAAACUGUAAAACAAACAAAAAAAUCUAGUCCCUGAUACAGAGAGAGUACCUGCUAGCAAAGCUAUGAAAACUUCAAACAGGAAACCAUGGCACCCUACAGCUAAUAUGAAAACCAUCUCCUAUGAAGGGCGUCUCGAGCCAUUCUCAGGCAAGUGAACCCUUUCAUGGAUUUGGAAGUGACGGUUAGCAUACUUUUAUUAUAUUCAGUAGAAGGUCUAAAAUUGUAACCAAGAUUAGGCCAUGGUAAAUGUUCCAUAAAGCCUUAGAACAGUUAAUGUGGAUGCUUCUCUUUCCAUAAUGGCUACAGCAGAUUUAGAAUGUAUACAAGGCCCUAGAAAUAAGGCCAUUUGUUCUACCUAUUUAUUUAUAUUUAAUCACACACUGGUUAUAUUAGCAGAAUGGCAUACUUGUAUGCAUCUUCUUACCUCUGCUAUCCUCUUUGGUGUCUUUAUAUAUCCAAUGACUUCCCAAGUUCUACACUUGUAUGAAGAAGCAUCAGUGUUGUUAUUAUACGAAAAAGCUUAUAUAGACCUCAGUUACUUUUGAUAUGACUAUCUCCUUCCAGUACCUUUGUAUUUUAAGGUUACUUACAAGGUAUUGUAUACAGAUAAACGGGGGAAAAAAAUCAACAAAGAGACAGGGAACAUGAAAUUGGGUCAGUUUCACAUUAGAUGCUGCUUCUGUCACUGAAAACUACUGAUUUAUAUAUUUAAUUCCAGUUUUCUUGUUUGUGAACUCCUGUAUCUCCCUAGGGUGUAAUGGAUUAACAUAGAAAAGUUUAAAUUAGCAAAGUGCUGCUAAUAGAGCUGUCCCUAGGGGUGUGCAGGGCCUGGGACAUACCAGCCUGUGCAAGGCUUGGGGCAGGGCAGGGAUGGGGAGCGGCAUCGGUGGAGGAAGAAAAAAAAAAAAUGGGGGAGGAGGUGGGGGCUGAAUGUGCAAGCGCUCACCCCCCCCAUGGAAAAGUUUGUGGGGAAGGAGAAAGGGCACGGAGGAGUGGCAUUGCCCGGCCCCGCACUGGCUGUUGCCACGCUGGCUGGCCUUGGCUGCCUCCCGGCCCUGGCCAGAGCAGUCCCAGCCCUGACCCCGGGUGGCUCCUGACCCCAGGUAUGCACUGCCCGGAGUGGGGCCCAGAGCUGGGGGCUGGAGUGGGGCCUCAGCUGCACCACCAGGCCGGAGGAUUCCUUGGCUCCAUGCCUCCCUGCUGCCACUGCUUUGAAAGCGGUGGGUGCUGCCAUGUGCGUCCCGCCGCUGGGCAGGCAGGGCAGCGAGGCACAUGGUGCUGCACCACACCACUUUUGAAGUGGCACCACUGAGCUCCAAUUGUCCCAUGACCCAGCCCAGCCAGGCGAGUCGUGGGACAAUUGGAGCCCAGUGGCUUGUCCAGGGGUGCGGUGCAGAGGAGCCGAGGGGUGGGUGGAACUCCCCCCAUCCCCCCUUGGCUCCCUGCAGUGCACGCAGUAGCGGGAGCUGCCUACCUGCAUCCCUGGAGGAUCCAUCAGGCUCUGACUGUCCCAUGACCCAGCAGUCAUGGUGAAUGGGGCCUGUGGCAGGGCACUGUGUGCCUGCCACUUUAAGGGCCUGGAGCUGGCAGCCACCAGGUACCUGAUGAGGGCAGCCAUUUUGGAGUCAAGGGCUGCCUAUAUAAACAGGGCAGUUUGGCUGCUGGAGGCCAGGCAACAACACCACCUGGCCGGAGGGCUGCUGAGAUCAUCUGGAGGUAAGGGAGGAGCUGUAGGGGAUAGUAAGGAGGCUCCUGGUCCUGGUCCUGACCUAAAACUGCACCCUGCUGGGAGUGGGUGGCCUGGUGGGGCUCUCAGUGGUGCGGGAGCCUCCAGGAAAUGCCAGGCCAGUUACUACCCCGGUGAAAGGUGCGUCGGGGCGCCUUAACCCCUAGCCCCCACCACCGGGUGGGUAACCCCAGUGUUUGUGAGGGGCCCAGAGGGCGGGCCCUGGGAGAGACUGAGGGGCUAGAGACCUGACCCGAAUGAGAGAGUACCCUCGACUGGCCCAUGCUGGAGGGACCAGGAGGACCAGGAGAGUCAAAAGGGCCAGAGGCCCACUGCGAGGGACGCCCAAGAGCUGGGGGCCUGGGGUCCCGACUGGCGUGGAGGUGGGCCAGGGCUAGUAGCCAGAGGUCCUGGGGAGACCACACCUGACAGGGGAAAAUAGUUUCAGGGGGCUAAGCCCGAAUGAAGGUGGAGAGGCCGUCUGAUUGGAGGGAUCAUGGAGGGGUCCUGUUAGAACGAUUAUGGGGCCCAGCGUGGGGGCCGGUGAUUGUAUGAACAUCAAGAUGCCAUCUGCGAGGCUUGGGCUGCGGUAUUGGGGAGGAAAGGAGCCGCAGAGAGCGCCCCCUGGCAUCGGGGCACUAAAACGGGCAGCCUCCUGCUUAAUUGACAUCUGUUAAUGAAUCAAUUAACAUCAAGGCGUGGUGGGCGAGAAGGCGGGUGGUUGGCCCAAGAACAGGUGGGCGGGCCACAGAGAUCGGCCCUGAGAAGGCCCCCUGUUACAGGGCCUCAGCUGGGUUGUUUCAUGGGACAAUCCCCAUUGUGCAGCAGGAAGGGGGCAGGGGGGUGAAUGAUUCACCCUCCUCCUACCCCACUCCCCCGUGCACUGUGGGGGGUCUCAAUCUGCCCACCCCUCCAGGGUGAUAAAGAAGAUUAAAAGAAACUUACCUGCCUGCAUGCAGCUGGGACAGCUGCAGUGCUGCGUGCAAGUGCAGGGUAGCCAAGUGUGCCUGUUCCUCCCCCCACUGCAGCAGCCCAUGCACAGCUUAAGCGUAUGCAGGCUGCUGCCCUUUCUUUGGGGGAGCUAAGCCCUGUUAGCCCCUCGCUUCCGCCACCAGCUGGAGCUGGCAGUGCUUGGCAGUGGCAGCAUCCCCCAAAGUGCUGGGCCCAGGGCGGUCGCCCCGAUUCGUCCACCCCUAGGGACGGCACUGGCUGCUGAACAAAGUAAUCUGAAAAUUCCUGUUGUUUAAUUAUAGCAAUUCUAGGUGUUGUCAACAUUACAUAAAACGUUUUCCAUAAAAACUUUUUUUUUGAGUUAACUAUGGUCCUUCUGCAUCUCUGCUGCCAUCAUAUUCUUCUAAUAAAAAACAAGAUCUCUUAGGAAUUCAGUAAUACAGAGAAUGUUUAUGAAAUGGAAAAAGAACGAUUCAAUAAAGUGUUAUUUGUCACAUUC